CUCGGGCAGCUGGGAUGGAGCAGAAGUGCGCCUGGCGCCGCAGGGCACACAGCUGACUCCGUGCGCCACCUCCUUUACGCCUAGCACCGCCAGACACCAAAGCUGCCACAGUAGCUGCCUGGACUGAUCGCGCCGGGCGGUCAGCACUACCCUCUUCUCCCGCAGCCCACUGGGCGGUUAGAGGAGCUGCCCGUGCCCGGACGCACUUGGCCAGCCCCGGGAAACUCUUCCCUAGCAGCGUCCAGCUCGGUACCGAGUGCCGGAGUAACAUGGUUUGCAAGGGGCUCAUCGCUCUCUGCAUCUUCACCGCAGGACUGAGGGUACAGGGGGGACCGACAUCAACCCCAGUGCCUGUUUCCCUUCUGACAAAAAUGACCCCCUCUCCAGCCACCUUGACUACCUCUGCACAAAACACGGCUGUGACCAGUACCCCCGUGUCCGGUGGCACUCCCAACGCCUCACUUCUCCCCACUGCUGCUGCAUCCUUGCCAUCUCAGCUCUCCAAGAACAUUUCCACUGUCCCCAGAGAAGAGGCUGUCACCAGCCCAGCUUCGAAGUGGAAUGGCAGCAACACAGAGUCACCUGCCAGCUUCUCCCCAACGAGCAACGAUGCCCACUUGACACCCACUCCCAAGGAGCACGGUCCUGAAACGAACGUGCCAACCACUACGCCCCAGCCACCCACGCUCAUGUCUUCUCAGACUCCAUCCUCAACAUCCACACUCCAGGCAACUUCCCCACUGGAGUCUCUGUCUGCCUCCAGCAUCUCUAACCACAGCUCCGUGGUGACCAGCAUCCAGUCCACAGGAGCUCCGACGGCUCCCACGUCCCCAACAGAGGGGCCCAGCUCUAGUCAGACACCCACUUCCCAUGUUACAGCCGAGCUGGCACCCAAGGAGAAAUCACCCCAAGAUGCUGAGCAUGACAAAGUGGACUGUGAGUCGGAGACCACCACCCCCUUCCUGAUCAUGCAAGAAGUGGAGAAUGCCUUAAGUUCAGGCAGUAUCGCCGCCAUCACUGUGACAGUCAUCGCCGUGGUGUUGUUGGUGUUUGGAGCCGCGGCAUAUCUAAAGAUCAGGCAUUCCUCCUACGGAAGGCUGCUGGACGACCAUGACUACGGGUCCUGGGGAAACUACAACAACCCUCUCUAUGACGACUCCUAACAAAGGAAGGUGGCUGGGCACAAGAAGUAGCUGUCCUUUAUUUAUAACUGCUUAUCCAGUAGAAUUAAUAACAAGUACUUGAUGCUCAUUGAACGACAAUCGCAAGCCCUGUUUUGUUGGUAUGGUUGUUUUGUUUUGUUUUGUUUUGUUUUCUCCUCCCUCUCCUCUGGCUGCUACUACAACAUCCCCCUUCUGGUACAAAAGAACCAUUUUGUACAAGCCAAUGGAGGCCGAUUUGCAGCUGGCACGGGCCAUUUUGCACUGACCAGGUCGGACACCAUGAGAUGGUGGCUGCAGCCCCCACCGCAAGACCCAUCGGAAGGACUGAGGAAAAGGGCUCGGGCUGCCCUGUUGGGGAUUUAAUUUGAGGGGAACUUUUGGUUUGGGUUAUUUCUUAAACUUCUCUAUCGGAAAUUACAUGGAGGAUCAGUGGGGAGAAGAGAAAGGAAUCCCUGGAGGCUAUCACCCUGUGUGGAGGAAGCAAGGGUUUCUUGAUUUCUUUGUAAUCCUUCUUUGCCUGGCUGUAUCUGACAGGACGCCUACUUGGUCCUACAAGCAGAUAGACAACUCUUAGCUGCCUAAUUAGGAAAGAUGAAAGACAGCUGUACCCAGGAGGAGACCAGCAGGCAAGAGCAAAGCAGCCCAGCGGGCUGCUGUCAAUCUUAGCACGCUCUCAACCUGUUCUCCCCAUGCAGGCCACUGGAAAGCAAUAGGGAUCCUAGCCCAUUCCCCAACCAGGGCACCGGAAGGCAAUGGGGAUCCCAGCCCACUGGCUUUCAGAACAGUUACAGCACAGUUUCAAAAGAGAGACUGAGAGGUGAGCUGAAGAACAGUAAGGAAGAGGAAUGUGGAGAAUAAGGGUGGGGGAAGAAGGGAGGGACCAAAGCUCACAGGGACCCUCUUGAAGGAAGGAGGAGCCAGCUCCCCAUGGUAGUGGGAGAUACCUAAAUCCUGGAGGAGCCCAGAGAACUCUCACUUCGCACACAGAAAGCAACAGGUGGGGAAUGGGCUAUAUGCUGUUUUAAAAUAAUGUUUUAAAAUACAGUUAUCCUUCCAUAGGAGGUAGACACCGAGAAUUACGUGUUUAUUCCCCCUAACAUCUACCUUACUCAUUCUUCCUUUUAAUAAAUGAACACCCCUGGAUCUCCAGUCUCAAAAUCCUGUACAACAAGUUUUGAGAAAUAGACAUUUUCCUUUACCGGCAUUCAUUUACUUCCCUUAUUAACCUUCAGGGAAUGAUUUUGUCCCCACACCCACCCCGGCCAGGGACAUUUGAACAUGUCCGGUGGCCAUUCUUUGACUGCUACUGCUUAUCCUGAAACACGACUAACACGGCUGUGGCUCCUUUGCACAGGACAAGCUGCCACCACAAAGAGCCUCCUACCCAACACAUCAAAGGCUGCCAUUGAGGCCGAGAUGUCUUGUGAUGUCCCUGUGGUGUAAAAAGGCACUCGCACAUCAGUAAAAACCCUUUCAUUUUUAACAAAGUGAAAAUGAUGUUUUUUUUCUCCAGAGCGUUCACUCAUUGACUGAUAGGUUGCUUUCCGGCAUGUGCAGUUGCUUUAUAUUGUUGCUGUUUCUAGAGAGCUUCGCUGCAGGGCUGCACCUCUGUUCAGCAAGAUCUGAUCCUGGGACCCAGCAUCUUAGACCCCAAUUUCAUGUAGUAGAGAGCAUGCGCCUUAAAAUGUGUUACGUUGUCCUAUGAUGUCACAGAGAACAAGAAACCAUCAGUUUUUAAUUCCUCAGACAGAUCCUGCCCUGUGAUUCUGUUGAAAAAAAUAAAUAAAUAAAAGAACACUCUAGUGCUAUCGUCCACCCCUCCAGUGUGGAGAUCACAAAUAGGGGUACUGCCCACAACCUGCCAUCCAGGUGCUGGGGAAAGAUCUUCCCAAAUCUCAGAGGUGCCAAAAGGAAAGAACGAUCAUCAGAGGUCAUCUGCAAGCAGAGAGGGGUUCGCAGAGAUUAAGAUAACCCUGAAUAUGAACAGACAAGGGCGCGCGCAUGUGUGCGCACACACAGACACACAGACACACACACACAGACACACACACACACACACACACACACGAACCUCCUCAUAAAAACUACAAGGGUAUGCCCUCUGGCCAAGCUUGACAUUAACAGCUGUCCCUCAUUGUUGCCUGAUCGCUUCACAGGUCUCCAGUUAGGCAAAGGACAGGGCAUUCUACAUCUCAUUUUCCUCCACCAGCCCAAAACCUUUUUGACACAUGACACAAAGCUCUCCAUGAAACACUUUAGGAGACUGUACUUCAGGAAUCCCUUCCGGGAUCAGUCCUAGGCCAGAGGAACCAGCUUCCCUCCCAGAGCCCUCACCUGUUAGAAACCAAGGACACAGAAUUUUUUUUUUUAGCGCCAAAGGAUGCCAUUGUGCAUGAACACGUGACUGCUUUUGCUCUGGUUAACUUCCAAUUGCUUCCAGCAAAACACAGCACAGUCAUACGCAGUGAGGUGACAGCAUCCCCUCAAAACUCAAAGCAUGACCCUUGCUUUGCUUGAUAGUAUAAAAUAUGUACAUGUGAGAAUUUACUUUGCCAAAUAUAUUUUUCUUCUGUUUAAUUGGUCUAGAGAGAUCCCAGCAUCUUUAUUCUACAAAUGUUGCCACACACACACACACACACACACACACACACACACACACACACACACACCUCUGACGUAUAUGCCAAUAAUUGAUAUCCUUUACCUCAGGGAGAGUUAGUUCAAGUCUGUACAAGGGAAAUUAGUGGCCCUAGUGAAUCUAAAUAGUCACGCCCCAUCAUGGAUAGGACUGGCUCUAUGCUUUAGAGAGAAAGCCGGAGCAGAAAGCGAGCUAGGAGCCUCUUCUCAAUGGACUGCAAGUAACCAGAGAAUGAUAUGCAACUCUGUUUUCUUUUCCUGGGACCCUGGUGGGACCCCCAGUCCUCCCUGCACAGCUGUGUCUUCAUUUAUAAAAUGGGGGUGAUGCCUUCUGAGUAGUCUCGCCCCUUCCUAACUCACAGACAUAUUGUGAGGAUUAAUGAAAUUGUGUCAACAGUGUUUUCAUUUUCUGGAGAGAAGCUAUUUAUGGACAUUUCAAGUAUUAUAUAGAUAUAUAAGUGAUCUCAGUUUCUUAUGUGCUGUUAUACUGGCGUGUCAUUUUUACUUAUCCUAUAAGCUCCAGUUAAUGUCAUGGCCACAUCCGAUGGCCAUCAGCACUCUGAACUUCCCUCCCAUGCACUUGCAUGAUGCAGGGUCACCUGGCCUGGAACCACAAAGGAUGGUCUCCCCUCUGACUGUAAAGAUGGCCCAGGACACAGGUCUCAGAGGCAUGCAUCAGGAUCCAGGUUCAGGGAUGCCUGAGCACUAAUGGCAGAAGACCUCUGGCUCGUACACCCCGAGGUCUCCGAGGAGUAGACCGUUGUCUAAUGUGAUCUGUUUGCCCUUCAUCUUGCUUGCAAGGGUGCAUGGUUCAAUCCUGUGCAUCUUGAAAACUUGCGAAUGGUCCGGAUGCUAAUUUGCACGUCGAUUCACCUUUGCCUUUAACCUUCUUUUGAAGGCAAAUGGAUGUACCAUUUCAACUUUGAUCCUGGAAAGGUUAGCUGAUAUUCGCCCUUUGCCACAUUUCUCUCUUGGACUAAGUUAGCUGACACUGUUGAAAGCUGAGAAGGUGUGCAACAUCUUUGAUAUUUGAUGACAUCAUAUCUACAUUUGUUAUAAGAUCUAUUGCAUACCAAUUAUCAUUCUACCAAUUAAAGUGGUUAAAAGCUUG